AAGACGCGGGAGCAGCAGCGGACGAGGCAGCCGUCCGCGGCACCUUCGCAGCAGGCUCCAUCCCUGCAGCAGCAGCAGCAGCAGGGGAGAGGAAGAGACCUGAGCUCUUCUUAAGUCCAACUCGCGACGGCGGCGGCGGCGGCUUCCGCGCGCCGAGACGCCGCCGAGUUUUUUCCGCGGGAUCGGGACCGUUUCCGGCGCACGCGCAGCUUCGGGGUGCAGCAGCAGCAGCAGCUGCAGCAGCAGCUGCUGCUGCGGCGCUGCGUCUCGCGAUCGCGCGGGGCUGCGCGGCGGAAAAUCUCGCGCGAACGCGUUUUUAA